UUCAACAUCCAUCUAUACAUUCAUAGAGAUAUUAAAUACAGUCAAGUGUAUUAAUCGGUAUACUCAUUUGAUAAAUGUGCGUUAGGACUAAAGGGGUAUUAACAGUGACACCAUAAGGUGAAAGGGUCUAUGAUGUGGGCAGAUUAAGCAAUGGCUUCAUAUUUACGAAUACGUUGUCUGAAUAUAUGACGUAUUGUACGUUUUGUGCUUUUAGAAAAUGGAAAACGAUACAGCAACGAAUACAAACAAGGCGAACGUGAUGCCAGGCAAUACUAUGAUAGAGGAUCCUGGAAUCCCGCUGGUCGGUCGAAGGAAUGGAAAGUUUUCCAAAUAUGUCGAAGAUGACAGUCUUAGCCAAUCUUCAAGUCUUGGUGCAAUCUCUCCUACUAAAAGACGAUUUGAUAAUAUUAGCUUCAAACUCAGUUACAGGAAAAAACUUCUUAAUCGUCGACGAAUGAUAGUAAAUAUAGAAUUUACCUUGGCUAUGCUGGGAAUAUUGCUUAUGCUGAUUGAAACCGAAUGCUUUAUUGGAAUUAAGGGCUACACGAAAUCCUCGGCUGCAUCAGUCAUAAUCAAGUCUUUUAUCUCGGUUUCAACUUUCUUCUUGCUUAUGGCGAUUCUUUCUUACCAUAUUACCGGUAUACAGAUACAUAUGACGGACAACAGUCUAGAAGACUGGAGAUUAGCUGUUACUCCAUGGACAUAUUUCAAAGUUCUAAUAGAACUGUUUAUAUGUGUUAUACAUCCGCUUCCGGGAGAUCUAAGCUUUCUGUAUCAUCCAAAGGGAGUACCUACUCCUAGGAUGGUAUCUAUAGAUUCCAUAUUAUCGGUACUGAUGUUGUUACGGCUGUAUCUCGUGGGGAAGUUUAUGGUGAUUCAUAGUCGUCUAUUGACCGAUACCUCCACGCAAAGCCUUGGAGCCUUAAACAAAGUAAAAAUAAACACUAUUUUUGUAUUUAAGGCCCUCAUGUCUGAAAAGCCUGGUACCAUGUUGGUGGGUCUAAUGGCUGCAAUUUUCAUUACUAACAGUUGGGCAAUGCGCACUUGUGAGGUGUAUUAUCAUCCAGAUCAUGAACACAGUGACUUUAACAAUGCAAUGUGGUUAAUAGCCAUUACAUUUCUUACUAUUGGCUACGGUGAUAUUACACCAAAUAGUGAAUGUGGUAGGUUUAUUGCCGUUGAAACAGGGCUGAUGGGCGUUGGCAUCACAGCACUCUUGGUAGCGGUUCUUGCUCAAAAAUUGGAACAAACUCGAUCGGAAAAAUAUGUGCAUAAUUUUGUCUCUCGGAUACAACUUGAUAAAAUUCAGAAACACGCAGCAGCCAAUGUCAUAAAACAGGUCCUUAUUUUGUGGAAAAUGAAGAAGAGGGGAAUAAUGGACGGUCCGAAAAGAAUACGCGUUUAUGGAAAAAUGUUGCAAGCUAUUCGGGAAAUGCGAGCAGCAAAGAAUGAAAAGGUUUCAAUCGGUGAAACAUCCCUAGGGAUAAUUGAGAUAGCCAAGUCUGUUAAUGAUGUAUUUGAUUUAUCUGAAAGUAUGGAAAGUGAACAAAAACAACUGAAGACUAAGAUGGAAGCAUUAGAAACUAAAAUGAGUACCAUUGAUGGAAAAUUAAACACUAUUCUAAAUGCUGUUAGCAGCAGACGAUAGUAUGGGUACCUAUAUUACUUUGGAGGAUUGGGAUUUUUAAUGUAUAUAAACUGUUUAUAGGAAGAAGGUGAAUCAUAAUUUAAGGUCUAUAGAUAUUGUACAUAAUAGAUAGAUACGUCACAUGUCGCGUCACAUUAUAACAGGUCACAUACCAUCAAUAAAUUAUAAUAGUUUACAAUAUACUCGCAGAUAGUUAAGAUAAUUAGAUAGUUGUUAUACGUUUUCAAGAAUAAUAUAUACUUCAUUUCUACUGAAAAUUUAAUUUGGACCAGAGAGUCUUUUUAUCGAUACGUUUUGUGCCAUUAACAUCUGCAGUGGAGUCAUUGUUGUGAAGUAUCGACACCAGUCUAAAUACUGUUAGUGUCCCCGUCGUAAAGAUUCCGGCAGGAUAUUGUCAUGUUUUGAACUUGAUUAAAGAGACAAUAGUACUUUAGAGAUCUUCAACUGCUGUGUUCGGUUUGUCAUGAUUUUACUGUACAGUUCGGGUUGAGUUACAUGAAAAUUUGAGAGAUCUGUCAAUCAGUUUCCAUGCGGGUUGGCCAAAAGCCCCUUAAUUGCACACUUUUAAGUACUUAGUUAAUCAUGACUAUGCUUGGGGAAGUAUUAAGUCACGGUGAAAUUUCAUGAAAGUAUUAAACAAUCCCGUUAAAUAAAUCUAACGACCAUUUU